AUGAAUCGACCUAAUGACACUACUGCGCACAAUGGAUCGGGGCGCACAAGGUCAAGGCCACCUACCGUGGAUGAGGCGCUUCCAUUCUCACCUUUCUCCUCAGUAGUUCCAUUCAAUUCAGAUAUUAUCCCGCUCCCGUCCAUUGGUCUUCGCUCGUCUGCCUCACUAUUCUCGACUGCGGCUGAACGUAACGAUGCACGGCAAGGUUUGGAAAGCUUGAACCGCGAGGCUGCAGGUCCAUAUCAAACUUCCCAAAGGCUGCAACAAACCUUACAAGAUCUUAAACAACUUCUUCAGCCCGCAAAUGUAGCGCAAUACAAAUUCAAGACGGCCCCAAAGACAACUACCGAGCAGGAUACUAGUAAUUCCGUCAAGAUGUCUCUUACCCCGUUCUCUCAAAUGCUCUACGAUGCUACCUCUUUUGAUUUUACCUAUCCAACCCCCGAAACGCCCGGUCUGCGAGCAAUGAACGGUGGAAUGGGAUCUCAGAAGCAGAGACAGCCAACAAAACCGAAACCACAAGAAACACAACCUCUGGUCGCGAAUCACCAAGCUCACCAGGCAAACUCUACAGUGACGGUUCAACUCCCAUCUAGUGUUACGCUGCAAAUUCCAGAUUCAAAGCCGAAAGUUAAAGCUGCUGCAACCCCUCAGCCUUCUACUCCCCGGCCAAAUGCGAAUUUCGCUGUAGUGAUUCCCGCUUUCAAACCUGAGAACCAUGUUUCCCCUCAUCCUACCCCUCAGCCUUCUCUCUCUUCUGUGGGUCAACCUAUGCAACGGUCUUCUGCUCAAGAUACUACCCAUCUUACUCCCCAAACACCGAUGAAGUUACCCUCACCGGCGGCUUCCCAGGACCAUGUCACCACUCCAGUCCAGCCUGGAUCCAAUUCAAAAUUAUCUAUAGUCAUACCUGAUCUACCACCAACUUUCCGUCCAGAAGAGUACGGUGUUGUGCCGGAGUCGCCGGAUACACCACAACAUAUUUCCAAAAAGAGGAAACAGUCAGGCGCUGAUGGAGAGGACGUGUCCAUGAGCUUUGACCAACGUGAAAAAGCUGAUUUGGCAUUUCGAAAUCUGCGCGAGUACCUUCAGGACAUUUUCGAGGCUGAAGAUCAGUUCCAACCGGAUACUGCAGUUUCAAACAAUUUCCUCGUCCCGACAAAUGACGGAAUUGGGCUCAACAUUGCGACACAAACAAAGGUUGAAAGUCUACUGCAAAAGAUCAUCUCAGUAGGACGUUUCUCCCAAGUUCCUCUUGAGGACUUACUACGACUGCAAAAAUUGUGUGAAGGUCCCCUGAAGGAUGCCGAGAACGUCGAUAUACGAGUGGACGAAACCAUGGGUGAAUCUGAGGUGGAUUUACUAUUGCAGCAAGUCGCUAUGAUGGAGCUCGGCCUAAAAUCUGCACGUACUUCCCUACGGUUGAUGGCUGGAGGUCGUGAAGAUAAGCAACUUUACAACGAGGAUGUAAUUCAGGUAGCCCUGAAUGCGUUCAAAAAUGCAAUGGAGAAUUGUAUUAUUCCAAUUGUUGAAAUGCGCAGCUCCGGAUCCUCAGCAACGUUGUUCAGGCUCCUCUCCGCGCAGAAGAAAAUUAUCAUUGGCCUCUUAACGCAAUCUCGACGAGUUCUAUCACUUUUGGCAAGCCUCGUGGCACGGAUUGAGCUCUCUGAGACCGUCAUCAACACCCUCGAAUUCACCGCCUCUCGUUUGAUCUUUGUUGAGAACGCUCACAGCGAGAAAGACUCGGUUCUUGGAAUUUCCAAGUUUGACGGUCUCCGCGUUGUAGCUAUGGACGUUCUCUCUCAGAUUUUCCUCAAUAACCCAUCGCAACGACAAGGUAUUUUUGAUGAGAUCUUGACUUCCCUAGAGAAGCUCCCUGUUACAAAACAGAGCGCUCGCCAUUUCAAGCUUGCAGAAGGCGGAAGCAUUCAACUUGUUUCGGCUCUAAUCAUGCGACUUAUCCAAACAAGUGCGAGUAAGGCAGAUGAUUCUAAAGAGAAGCGGAGACGCAAGGCUCUGGAGGCCUUUAAUGGCGAAGAAAAUGAAGAUGGCAUUAGUGGUAGAAACGAGGGUCAUCUUGGGCCUAAUGGGGGGCCGACCAUAACUUCUGAGACACGUGCCGAACAGCAGGCGGUGACAGCUAUUCAAGAACUUCGAGAUGUCGUCUCCCCACUUCUUGACACCGCGAGGUCGAAUGCGUCCUACGUUGUGGGGUUCAUUGUGAACAGGGCCAUGAAUUCUACCAAGACCGGUGACGCGCCGUAUCGAAAUCUACUCGACUUAUUUGUUGAGGAUUUUAUCACGUGUCUGAACUCUACAGACUGGCCAGCCGCCGAGCUGUUACUGCGCCUAUUCCUCUUCAAAAUGGUUCACCUGGCUGAGGGAGACAAGACUCCAGCUCCAGCCAAAAAUAUGGCUCUUGAUCUUUUGGGUUUGAUGGGAGCCGCAAUUUCAGAGCUGAUUUCGCACGUUCGGAAGACUGCCAGCACUCUUGAAAAUGCCGACGCUGAUUUAGGCAAAUAUCUCUCAAAAUUAGCAGAAGCAUCACUGGAAAAGAAGGCCACACCUUCCGAUCUGGUAUCAUGGGCUUGUGGUCCUUUCCGUACAUCGCUUGAGUUUCUCGACGAGCGUUGUUCUCUAGAUCCUCAAUUGGGCAGUGCAGUCGGCUUCUAUAUGGCUGAGUGGGCAUCCAAAAUCUGCUCGACGUAUGAUUUAACCAACGAUGACGAUUAUGAUCAUGCGGAGACGAAGCGGGAGUACGGUCGUCUGGCCUACAGACUGCGGAUGAUGAUCACCGACAGGAGAUGGCUAUCUACUGAAUACAGCUUUGAUACUGUUACACCCUCUCAUGCCCGUCUUGCUUACGCGGUGUCUCUGCUCCAUUCGCAAUUCUGCGAAUCGUUCGGACGAAUUCUCACGAUUCUGCUGGGGUCUAUGGCAAGUGAACAAGCAACUGUGCGAAGCAAGAGCUUGAAGAGUGUUAACCAGGUAUUGGAAACCGACCCUACAAUUCUCGAUCGGGAGCCCGCUGUGAAGCACUUGUUGUUAAGGUGUUCAAAUGACCCGUCGGUCCUAGUUCGUGACUCGGCCUUGGGCUUGAUUGGCAAAUGUAUCAGCCUACGGCCUGCACUUGAAGAGGAGAUGAUCCCAAGUAUCUUACAACGAGUCAACGACAGUGGCGUAGGUGUUCGCAAGCGCGCCAUGAAGUUGUCGAAGGAUAUAUAUCUCAGGAAUUCCAACGGAGAAGUUCGAAGCUCUAUCGCUGAUUCCCUGCUUCAUCGAGUCACGGACCAUGAUGAGGGAGUCCAGGAGUUAGCGCGCCUGACAAUAGAAGAGGUUUGGAUGUCGCCAUUCUAUCAGCCAACUUCGGCGGAGGAUAGUUCAGCUCAAUUCAAGCUGGCAAUUGCUGAUCAUGUUGCUCUGAUGGUCAAGACUGUGCAGCGUGGCAGUGGCGUCGCCACUGUGCUUGAUAAAGUCCUGCAGAACAUGCUAUCCGACGAUUCUAAAUCUGCUGCCGCGAACUUUCGAGUUUGCAAAGUUCUUGUGGCCACCAUGUUCGAGACAAUUAUCGACAAUCCAGCGAAUGAAGGAAAUAAUGCCCCAUCAGCUCGUGAUACUUUGCAAGUGCUCACGAUCUUCGCUAAAUCCAACGCCAAACUUUUCACCCCUGAGCAGGUCCAACUCUUACAGCCUUAUGUAGCCAAUGUUGGCGGUGGAGACGACCUGGCCAUCUAUCGAUCAGUAGUUAUCAUCUUCCGCCACGUUCUCCCACAGCUAUCGAAGAUGCACAAUAACUUCCUUGCGUCAGUCAGAAAGGAGCUUAUACCAGCUGUAUCACGCUUGAGUAGAGCAAUCCUCGAUGACGUCGUAGCAUGCCUGUGGAUCAUCAGCGGCGUUCUUGAUGAUUUCCAGCAUCUGACAAGGCUAGUUCUGUCGAGCUUGACUGGGAUUCAGAAGCUGAAGAACAUCAAUCUAAAGGAUCCCUCUAGGGCCGAUUUGGUGCGCAAACUCAGCAAGCUCCUAUUGAUCACGGGAAUGUGUGGCAAGCAUUGUGAUCUCGAUCCUCAGCAUGAAAGCUUCAGAAAUGCAUUCCCAGCCUGGAAGGGAAAUUCAGUCGCAAAACUUAUGUCAGACACAUUUGCACCAUUUGCAUCCCCUGAUCAACCCCUUGAUGUAAGGAAAGCUGCAUUUGAUGCGAUUGGAAUGGUCUGUCAAUCCUGGCCAAAGAACUUCUCUUCAGCCAAUAUCAGCACCUCGUUCAAGGAGGUUUUCAGUGCAAGGGAAUCCGUCCUUGAGGCGAUCAUUAUGAGAGCAUUCAAGGACUUCUUGCUACUAGAAGAGAAACGCUCCGAAGCGGGCACCGAGACUUUAGUCGGUGCUGCAGCCGACCCAACCGCUAAGCUAGGAGUCAUGGGCGGUGGUCAGGGUGAUGGUAUUGCGAUAGGUAUUGCGCAGCUGUUUCUCAAGGAUUUUACUCGGAUUGCCUUAGCAAGUCAAGACGAGCAAGCACUUCUUGCCACUGAACUCAUCGUUAGCAUCACGCGCCAGGGUCUUGUUCAUCCCAAGGAAUGCGGGCCACCUUUGAUCGCUCUUGAAACCUCACAGAAUCCUAAGAUUGCCGACUUGGCAUUCCGCGGACAUCGAACACUUCAUGAGAAACACGAAACCAUUCUCGAAAGGGAAUACAUGCCCGCCGUUCAUCUUGCAUAUGUAUACCAGCGCGACGUCGUGAAGGAUAUACAUGGCGCUACCCUCAACCCAUUCGCCCCAAAGCUAUACAUGCUAAUCGAUGUCCUAAAGAUCAGCAAAGCCAAGAAUCGCAAGAGAUUUUUCGAGAAUCUCUGCUCGCGCAUUGAUUUUGAUCCCGCAAAAAUGGACAUAGCACAGCUUCCUCAUCAUCUCGAGUUCUCUCAAUUCAUUAUAGAAAACAUGGCUUUCUUUGAAUACGCCUCUGUGGAUGAGCUCUUGGCGGCAAUUGUUGCUAUGGAAAAGGUCGUUGCAGGAACUGGCACUGGCAUUGCCCAUGCAAUUGAUACGGAGGUUUUUCAUGUCAGCUUGACCGAGCCAUCUGAAAUUGAUGAGAACGGGCAGCCUCAUCCAGUCAAGCCUUCUAUUGAUUCUACCCGCCUACUCCAAUUGACAGCCUCUUCAAUGAUGCUCUCCUCCCUUUGGGAGGCUCGCACUUUCCUUCGACGUCAAUAUGGACUUACGACAAAUCGGCGCGAGGGCAAGGGCAAAGCUGCCACCAAGGAUCUAAAUAAGGCGCCAGUGAAAGUUCCUUUUAUCAACGGCGAUAAGUUUUGGGAACAGGUUUCAUCUACAAUGUCUGCGCUUGAAUCAGAAGAAAGCAUGCUCAAGCAAUGCCGUGCGUUCGUCGAUCUCCUAAGUGUGGACCAGGAUUUCAAGAUUGCUGCUGAGGCAGAUGACGACGGUGGAAGGACUCGGCUCACCACGCCAAGUGAUGACGAGGAUAAUGAAACCCUGGAUCCGCCAGGCAGUGGACGGGGUCGUAAGAGAAAGCCUUCUAGUACUCCAGGUGGACGAAAGAAGAGAGCUCGAUCAUCUUCCGCCUCUCGGGCACGUGGCAAACCAAAGGGGGCAGGGAAGAGGGCAAGCGUGGAUAGCGAUGACUUUGACGACCUAGCAUGA